AUGACAGACAAAGCUACUAAAGAAGAGGGAACGACGACCGUGACCGACCUGCUGGAAAGACUGCUGGAACAUUGGGUAGAGGAAUCCUUACAGCCAAACUCGCGGAUCAACCUAAUCGAAUUCCUCCACGAAUCAGAUGAGGCGGACACUUUAGCCUUUGACGACUUGGAGACCGCGCCCGCCGAGAUGGAGGAUGACUACCCCGAGGUCCAGGACCCGUUAUUAGAAAUAAAUGUAGGGACCGAGCCAGAACCACGGCCUCUUUUUGUAAGCCAGCUUUUGAACCCUGAAUUAGCAGCCGAGAUUAUCAGUAUGCUCUAUGAAUAUAAGGAUUUUUUCGCUUGGGAUUAUCAUGAGAAGCCUGGAUUGCCAAGAAGUUUGGUCGAGCACGAACUAAAGAUUAGGGAGGGGUUUAGGCCUUUCCAACGGUCGCCGAGGCGAUUCUCGACCGAAGUACAACUUAAGGUCAAAGAGGAAAUUGAACGGCUCCUUAAAGCCGGCUUCAUCCGCAUGGCUAGAAAUCUAAACCUCGCGACCCCCAAGGACGAGUAUCCCAUGCCUAUGUCUGACCUCCUGGUGGACGGAGCCGCGAAGCACAAGCUCUUGUCUUUCAUGGACGGCCACGCUGGUUACAACCAAAUCUUCAUUGCCAAGGAAGAUGUCCACAAAACGGCGUUCAGAUGUCCAGGCGCAAUCGGGACUUAUGAAUGGGUAGUCAUGCCAUUUGGCCUGAAGAACGCCUGCGCAACGUACCAACGAGCUAUGAACCUUAUCUUCCACGACCUAAUUGGCCGAACCGUUGAAGUCUACAUCGACGACGUUGUUGUAAAAUCCCCAUCCAAAGCCGACCACGUGGUGCAUCUCCGACAGGCUUUCGAUCGAAUGCGGGCACACGGCCUAAAGAUGAACCCUAAGAAAUAUGCUUUCGGCGUCACCGCCGGGAACUUUCUCGGUUUCUCGGUUCACCAACGAGGGAUCAAGGUAGAUAAAAAUAAAGCCACUGCCAUUAUGGCAGCACCCCCGCCAAGGACCAAGAAGGAACUCCAGUCCUUCCUUGGUAAGACACGGAACGGUUCGUGUGGGGGGGCAGAACAUCAAGUGGCCCUCGACGACAUCAAGAAAUAUUUAUCUCAACCACCGGUCCUUAUGCCGCCGAAAAGAGGGAAACCCUUGAGGCUUUACAUUUUGGCUUCAGUGGGCUCUAUUGGUUGUCUGCUGGCUCAGAACAACGAGUCUGAGCGAGAACAAGCAGUGCACUAUCUGAGCCGCACCCUUAACAUGGCCGAGCUAAACUAUUCACCGAUCGAGAAAUUAUGCUUGGCACUUUAUUUCGCGGCCACCAAGUUGCGCUAUUAUCUACUUCUUUCGGUCGUUCAGAUCAUCUCCAAGACCGACCUCGUCAAAUACAUGCUCACUCGGCUGAUCAUACGCGGCCAAAUCGGGAAGUGGACGAUGGCGUUGUCCGAAUUCUCCUUCCAAUAUGUGGUUCAGAAGUAG